CAUGAAGGCCGUAAUAGUGUUUUGUGUAAUAUCAUUGUCCAUGGUCGCUGGCAGCGAUCAGGGCAACAGGGACUGGUGGAGGACGAUGUCGCUUUAUCAGAUUUAUCCUAGGAGCUUUAAGGACAGCGACGGGGAUGGCGUGGGCGAUUUGGCAGGUAUCACGAGCAAGUUGGAUCACCUGUCCGAAUCGAACGUCGAUGCUUUUUGGCUGUCCCCCAUUUAUCCCAGUCCGAUGGUUGAUUUCGGUUACGAUAUUUCCGAUUUCGAAAGCAUCGAUCCCGUUUUCGGGACGAUGGAGGAUUUCGAGAAGUUGGUGGCGGUUGCACACGCGAAAUCUUUGAAGGUGAUCGUAGAUUUCGUUCCAAAUCAUUCCUCGGACAAGCACGAAUGGUUCCAGAAGAGUUUGCAAAACAUCGAACCCUACAAUGAUUUUUAUGUAUGGCAAAACGGAACAAUGACUGAAAAUGGCUAUUUUGCUCCACCAAAUAACUGGGUGAGCGUGUUUGGAGGUCCAGCUUGGACAUGGCGAGAUGAGCGCCAGGCGUAUUACCUUCACCAAUUUGCACCGGAACAGCCAGAUUUGAAUUACAAUAACGAAGGCGUUGUACAAGAAAUGCAGAAUGUACUGAGAUUUUGGUUGAACAAAGGCGUGGAUGGCUUCAGAAUCGACGCUGUGCCUUUCAUUUCCGAAGACGUCCGAUAUUUGGACGAACCAUUGACAGGACGAACCAGCGACCCUAAAAAUUACACGUACACGCAGAAAAUAUACACGACCGAUCAGCCGCGUACGUACGAGAUCGUGCAAGGUUGGAGAGGGGUCCUCGACGAGUAUACGAACUCGAGCAAAAUCAUGAUGGUCGAAGCUUAUGCAAAUACGUCGAUGACAAUGAAGUAUUACGUGUCCGGUGCACACUUCCCUUUCAAUUUUGGAAUGAUCACGGACGUGAAUCAAGAUUCGACGGCUUCGGAUUUCAAUAAUCUGAUCAGUAAAUGGAUGUCGAAUAUGCCGCAUGGCAAUGCAGCUAAUUGGGUGGCUGGGAAUCACGAUAAAUCAAGGCUGGUAACUCGAUUCGGUGCGGAACGAGCUCGCGCCGUUACCCUGAUGACGCUUUUACUGCCAGGCAUCAGCGUGACGUACAACGGCGAGGAGAUCGGCAUGAAGGACACGUGGAUCUCGUGGGAGGACACAAAAGACCCGCAGGGAUGCAACGCCGGCAAAGAACGCUACGAAACCAACUCCAGGGAUCCUGCCAGGACCCCAUUCCAAUGGGACAACACAGUCUCCGCAGGAUUCUCCACAAGCUCGAAAACCUGGCUUCCGGUUAACGGGAAUUACAAAACCGUGAAUCUGGCCACAGAGAAGGGAGACCCUAACUCUUACUACAGUUUCUACGAAGCAGUUUCGAAGCUGAAGAAAUCACCGAUUGUUCAAAAUGGAAACCUUACCACGAAGCUACUGAACGAGAAUGUUUUAUCGUUUGCCAGGGAAACCUUGAACGAUGGAUCUGUUUACGCAAUAAUGAAUCUUGGAAAAGAGGAAGAGACGGUGGACUUAUCAGUGUUCGAUAACUUAUCGAGACAAUGGAAUCUCUAUUACGCCACUCCCGUGACUGAUUCGAUACCAAAGACUCUGGCGAUGUAUAAAAAGAUAAAACUCCCUUCAUCAGGAAUAGCAAUUUACCUCAGCAAUAAGGGCUCGAGCUGCGACGGACGCAAGGACGAAACGAUAGUAUCUGAAUCCCAUUCUGUCAUAUCUUACACUUUUGGCAAAGUUAAUAUCGUUCGUGACGAAUGGACCAAAAAAUUAGCAAAUGUUUAAUUGUCCUAAUUUAAUUCAAUUACUGUGAAUCCAUCGUGCAUUCGUAAACAUGAUUUUUAAAUUGAAUAGGACGAGAAAGCUCGUAACACAUGAGACCAUACUUCACAAUUACUCAUGACUUGCUCCUAUUCCACACAUGCAUUUUUCAUACUACUCAUAUACUACUAUAUUUAUAAGUAUCCUCUUUAUAAGUGUCUUUUCAAACACGCGUAUAACAGCUGUAAGAACAAAUAACUGUAAAAAAUAAUUUCUGACGUGUGAUAUUACAUUUUUCUAUUGCAAUGAUCCACUUCAUUCAGAAUUGAUGCUUAUAUAUUUAUACCAUUCAUAAUUUCGA